AUGUGGCGGCGUCCAUCGCCUCGGCAGCUCCCGGGUGGCCUGGCAGGAUGCCUCUGCAACGGGCCCAACGCACAGCCCGGCGUCCAAGACCUUGAUGAAGAGCUGGUCGCGCUUGUCGAUGCACCUUCCUUGGAGGCAGCCAUUGCAGCGAGCGAUGCAUCCAUGUGCAAAGGCCGCUUGGACACAGACUUCAAGACCUGGCAGUGGCGGGAUCAUGCCGCAGAAGAAGGGCACCAAGUGCUUCGCAGCAGCACCCACUCACUCUCGGACAUGCUGACUGAUGAGGACUGGGGAUUCUUCUCGUACGAGCUACUUCUGCUGAGUCGCUACUUCCUUCGGGAAGGCAGCCCUGCAUUGGACCAGGUGUCUGCUUUGAUUCCAAUCUGUCGGGUGCGCUUGGGCAUCAACAGCCAGCUCCAUCAUCACAUCGUUGAACUGUCUAGACCUGCUGGCAGCGAGGCAUACUCGCCGCUAGACGUUCGGUACCGCGCAUCCCUAUUACUCAGGCUCUGGGCUAGCUGGGAAAACUUCGAGUACGGAACUGUGGCAGAUCCUUCAAAAGAAUGGACGCAGAAAUGGAUCUACAUGCAGCUCCGAGUUCUGAAAGGAUGCAUCCUGGAAAGGGCCAUGCAGCUGCAUGGAGAAGGGCAUGAGGACCUCUCAGCCUGUGGUCGCUGCUUGCGCGCAAUCCGGGAGCUGACUGAGACUGCGCUCAGCGGAACCUGGGGAAAGCCACAACCGCUUGACAGGACGGGCUCUGUUUGCCGUUUGCUCACAAAGGUUGACGUGCUUGCUGUCGAAUUUACAUCUUUGAAAGACCCAGUUUCUUCCACGAGACCCGAUUGCUUCGGUGAAACGAGCGCUGGCUUUUGGCAGCUUUGCCCUGCAACAUGCGGCAAGUUGCGGCAAGGUUUGAGAAGUUUGGGAAGGACUGGGUGCCAAACAAAACCAGGUGGGGAGAGAGCCAUGGCAGGGCGAAACAAAACCAACGACCGGCUUUGA